UCUUCUUCGCUAUAUUCUCUGACCCAGGAGGAUUGUGUUGAGGACAAGCAAAUCAACAUACACGACAUUCCGACAGGAUGGUCUUUCGGAGCUCCACCUCCCUAAUUGGCCUCCUGUCCCUCCUCUUCCUCCUCCUCCUCCUCCCGGCCGCCUCCUCCGCCAUUCGCCUCGGCCUCGUCCGCCGUCCCUCCCCGGAGCUUCCUCUCUUCCGGGAGGCCCCCGCCUUCCGCAACGGCGAGGAGUGCGGCUCCUCCCCAGCCGACACCAUCAACGUCGCCAUGACCCUCGACGCCAACUACCUCCGCGGCACCAUGGCCGCGGUCCUCUCCAUUCUGCAACAUUCCACGUGCCCGGAGAACCUGGCCUUUCACUUCCUCUCCGCCCAUGACGACGCUCCCGAACUCUUCUCCAGCAUCAGAUCCACCUUCCCUUACCUCAACAUGAAAAUUUAUCGCUUUGACUCCAACAGGGUCCGCGGCAAGAUAUCCAAGUCCAUUCGGCAGGCCCUGGACCAGCCCUUGAAUUACGCCAGAAUAUAUCUCGCCGAUACCAUACCAGAAGACGUGAAACGCGUCAUAUACUUUGAUUCUGACCUGGUGGUGGUUGACGACAUAGCCAAGCUUUGGGGUGUUGACAUGGAAGGAAAACUGGUGGCUGCGCCGGAAUAUUGCCAUGCAAACUUCACGUUGUAUUUCACGGAUAAUUUUUGGUCGGACCCGGUUCUGGCCAAGACGUUCGAGGGAAGGAAGCCGUGCUAUUUCAACACGGGGGUGAUGGUGAUGGACGUGGACACGUGGAGGAAGGAGAGGUACACGGAGAAGGUGGAGGAGUGGAUGGCGGUGCAGAAGCAGCAGAAGAGGAUCUAUCAUUUGGGGUCUCUUCCGCCGUUUCUGUUGGUUUUGGCAGGGAACAUAAAAGCGGUUGAUCAUAGAUGGAACCAGCAUGGCUUGGGCGGAGAUAACUUUGAAGGAAAAUGUAGGAGCCUGCAUCCUGGUCCCAUUAGUUUGUUGCAUUGGAGUGGGAAGGGUAAACCCUGGUUGAGGUUAGAUUCUAGGAAGCCAUGCAUCGUCGAUCAUCUAUGGGCUCCUUAUGAUCUAUAUCGCUCGUCUAGACACUUUUUUGAAGAAUAAAACCAACGGGGAUUCAAGAGAAUUCUUUCUUUCUUUCUUUCCUUAAGUUUUCUAACUCAAAUUUGGCUGACCAGAAAGGAACUAGCUAAAACCUCCAUCAUCGUAGCCAAGCACUGGAGUUGUAAAUUCAUUUUUUCCUUCCUUUCUUGGGUUCAGUAUUCUUUUAUUCUUUUGGUUCGUAGUGAUCUUAGAAGCAUCACAAUAUACAAAUGUAAAACUCAGAAAAUUGUGUAUUGGUUGGGUUAAUGCUAACAGUACAACUUUUAAUUUGCAAAACUAUGCGU